AUAAUUAUCAUAAAGCAUAAUUAAGCAAUAAUUGAUAUAUUAAGUAAAAAUUUAUCCUAACAUAGUAUUAAAAUUUGUAGUCAAAUAGCCAGCAAAAUGACAACACAUAUGUGGACCCUUUAACCACUAUAUAAAUAUUUGUUUUACAGUAAAAAUAAUAAUAAUACACAUAAACCAUAGAAAAAAAUCAUUUAGUGUAGUCAUGGCAAGAAAGAAGUUAAAUCUAACUUACAUUUCCAAUGAUAGAAUGAGGAAAAGAUCAUUCAACCAGAGGAGGGAAGGAUUUAUGAAGAAACUCAAUGAUCUCAAGAUUUUAUGCGAUGUCAAUGCAUGUGCGGUCAUCUACAAUCCAUUCAACUCAAAUCCAGAGAUGUGGCCGUCAAAAUCAGAGGUGGAUAACGUUAUCAAGAAACUCAAGAUGUUAACGGAGACCCAGAAGAAACUUAAAUCGGUAAACCACGAAGAAUUUCUCAAUCUAUACAUCUCAAAAGUCGAAAAGCAAAGUAAGAAAUUGAUUGUGGAUAAUAAAGAGAAUUGCUUAAAGGAGGUCAUGUUCAAGUGUCUUAGUGGAAACAUGGGAGAUUUUGUUAUGACUAAUAAUGAUCGUCUUGACUUGUGUAAGUUUAUUGAUCAAUAUCUUAGAAAUCUUUAUCAUCAUAAAAAUGAAACCCUCAAUAAUCCAAAUUUUGAAAUUGGAGAAUCUUCUUCAAUGGAUAUGGCACCAACCACUACUAUUGCAAACAUGGCACCAACCACUACUAUUGCAAACAUGGCAACAACUGUUGUGGAUGAGGGCAUGACACCACCUAUUAUUCCUGAAGUGAGUUCCUCCUCAUUUCUGAACUCUCCACUCUUCAACUCUCCUCAGCUAACCAACGGGUUGCAGUUCAUAGUCUCUCCAAACCAUAGACUAGAGGAUGUUAAUCUAGCAAGUAAUCUCUUUUUCAGUGACGCACAAAACAUUUGUAGUCCAGCUAUGAAUCAGUUCAUAACCCCAUCAAACCAAGGAGCAGAACAUGUGAAUUUUCUUGAAAGUAAUUUCCUUCCUAAUAACAAUCAAGAAGUUUAUAUCCCAGCUAUGGAUCAGGAUGACUUUUCCUAUCCAAAUCAAAAUCAUAAUGAGAACCAGCAACAAAGAUUCAUUGACGAGAUGAUGAAGUAUGAUGAGAAAACAAGUUUUCCUUGGAUUGUAGACAACAACUAUUACAAUCACAACCAGUAAUAAAGCACAUUCAUCAACGCAGAUGUCAAUGCCAACGAUGUUAUAUUUUCAUUUUCAUUUUUAAAGAUUUUCUUAAUGAUGAAUCGUAGAGUCUGAUGUCUUA